GAGCCAUAAUAAUGUGUUCGUAUUACAACAGGUGUUCGCGAUAAGGUUUAUCAUUAUCGAUCCUGUCAUAGUACAGGCUGAACUUCGUUACAUUAAUCACGUAUUUGUAAUCAGUUCGCAAUGAACUAAAUAUAUACGUAGGCCAUGAAAAAAGAAAAUAAAAUAAGAGAAACAUGUUUUAAAGUGAGCUUACAAAGCAUUACAGUUCAAAUAUAAAGUUUUUUGUGCGUUUACAACGGUAAAAUGCUCCUAUUUAAGAAAGAAAAAAGAAAAAUAUGCAUAAUCCUAACACACGUGUUAAAAGUUCCAAUAUGUCGUUGUUAUAUGUGAUUAUUUUUAGAAGAUUUUAUUUCACGCUGGUUAUAUUCUAGUGAUUUAUUUAACCAAAACAAAUUUAAACACGUGUAGUACAAAAUGAUAACACAAAAAUAUAUAUUUUAUUCACUUGGAGUAUUUGUAAUCAUUUUUAUGUUUGUAAUGUGGACUGACAUAGAUUAUGGAAAUUUUAAAACACCAUUACGGGCUUUAAUGGAUUUCAAACAGCUCAAUUCUAACGCCAUAGUGAUAAUGGAAGACAUUAAAUUAAACAAUAGCCUAAACAAUAGCUCACUGAAGUACGUAUUAAUUUGGACGCUGCCUCAAAGGGAUCCUCUAAUGUACUUGGGUGAAGGCCAAGUAGUUUUUAUCAAGAAGAAAUGUCCGGUAACCAAUUGUUACAUAACGACUAACAAGCAGUUAAUGAACUUGAAAAAUUUUGAUGUUUUAUUGUUUAAUGUCCCGGAAAUUAAUGAUAAACCACAUCCAAACUUACCACCUGAAAGGUCUCCGCACCAAAUAUAUGUGUUUGCGAGCAUCGAAUCUGCUGACUACUACCCACUCUGCAGUACCCGGUUUGACAAUUAUUUCAAUUUGACUUGGACUUAUAAACUCAAUUCUGACUUAUAUUACGGGUACAUGAUUAUAAGAAACAAACAAGGAGAAGUGAUCGGUCCUAAUCAGAUAAUGCAUUGGGAGAAAAUAGAAAACAUGGAUCCUAUAGACGAUAAAAUCAAGGAAAGACUUAAGAAUAAAAAUAAAGCUGCUGCGUGGAUUGUGUCGAACUGCAACGCUCCGAGUGGCAGAGAUCAAUUUGUGAGAGAGGUUCAAAGACAACUCGAUCAAUAUGGACUGGUCGUCGACAUUUAUGGUAAUUGUGGAAAAAAGAGAUGUGAGAGAAACAUGAUGCCCAAAUGCUUGGAGAUGAUUGAAAGAGAGUAUUAUUUUUACUUUUCAUUUGAAAACUCUUUUGCUGAAGAUUAUGUUACGGAGAAAUUGUUAUCUGCGCUUAAUCAUUAUGCUGUCCCUGUUGUUUUUGGUACAGCUAACUAUACACGGUUUAUGCCUGACGGUAUAUAUUUGAACGCGAAAGAGUUAGGCGCUAAGGAUCUGGCCAAACAAAUGUCGGAAAUCAUAAACGAUAAAGAAAGAUAUUACAAUUUCUUCAAAUGGCAUAAUCACUAUUCUUACCAUGAAGUCGAAGAAGUGCCCGAGACUGAUUUCCAUUGCAAGCUUUGUGAGAAACUUAAUUCUAAAGAAGUGACGGAAGGCGUCAAUGUAUACGAACAUCUGAGGGACUGGUGGAAUACUAAUAGAAUACGACCCGGUGGUUGUCCCUUUAAAAUGCCAGUAUUUCAAUAAUUAUUUUGUGAUCGUUAAUAAACUUAGCUGAAGCUUAUAGAAUAAGUGAAAUGAGAAAUCUCCCAUUUAUUUUUGGUGUGAAUAAUUUAUUAACUUUAAUUUUAUGAGACACAUGUAAAACUUAAAAGUACUCUUAGGUGAGUCUAUCUCCAUUGUUAGUAAUUAGUUUAGGUGAAAAAAAAAACAACUUAUGAAAUACAUAAAUUCUACUAAAUAAUUGAUUCAUUGGCUUUAUGAUAUUAUCUAGACACAGGAAUUUAGUAUUGAAUAUUAUGUAGAUUUUUUAAUAAAUAUUUUUGUACGAUU